AUGGUUAAGGCUGUUGCUGUUCUUACUGGGGAUGUAGGUGUGGGUGGUGUCAUCCAUUUUCACCAAGAAGGAGAUGGUCCUACCUGUGUAACUGGAACUAUCUCGGGUCUGUCACCAGGGGACCAUGGCUUUCAUGUCCAUGAGCUUGGGGACACAACAAAUGGCUGCAAUUCAACUGGACCCCACUUCAAUCCCUUUAACAAAGAACAUGGUGCUCCUAGUGACGCGGAACGCCACGCUGGUGAUCUUGGGAAUGUUGUAGCUGGUGGAGAUGGCAAUGCCAAAAUCUCAAUCACUGAUAACCAGCUUAAACUUUGUGGGCCGCAUUCAAUUAUUGGUAGGGCAAUAGUGGUACAUGCUGAUCCAGACGACCUUGGCAGAGGAGGGCACGAGCUUAGCAAGGCGACUGGCAAUGCUGGUGCUAGGGUUGCCUGUGGUGUCAUUGGCUUGACUGGUUGA